GAUAACAUGGAUUCAUGGUAUCUGCCUUGGUUUCUGUUCUCUGCCAUUCUCCUCAUGGUUCCUGGCUUGCCAACUCGAGAAAACUUUGAUGUAGAUGGUGGACUCGAUCAAGAUAUAUUUGAUAUCAAUGAAGAUUUGGGACUGGAUCUUUUUGAGGGGGACAUCAGACUUGAUGGGGCACAAGAUAGAAAUUCUAUCAUUGGAGAAGAAUACAGAUGGCCUCAUACCAUUCCAUAUGUUCUAGAAGAUAGCUUGGAAAUGAACGCAAAGGGAGUUAUCCUUAAUGCAUUUGAACGCUAUCGCCUAAAAUCAUGCAUUGACUUCAAGCCUUGGGCUGGAGAAGCUAACUAUAUAUCAGUGUUUAAGGGCAGCGGCUGCUGGUCUUCAGUGGGAAACAGGCACGUGGGGAAGCAACAACUCUCCAUCGGGCAAAACUGUGACAGAAUAGCAACAGUCCAACACGAGUUCCUCCAUGCACUGGGAUUCUGGCAUGAGCAGUCACGUUCUGACCGGGAUGACUAUGUCAGCAUAAUGUGGGACAGAAUUCUGUCAGGCAGAGAGCACAAUUUUAACACCUACAAUGACCAAGAAUCAGACUCCUUGAAUGUUCCCUAUGAUUACACCUCUGUAAUGCACUACAGUAAGACUGCUUUCCAGAAUGGAACAGAGCCAACAAUUGUCACAAGAAUCUCAGACUUCAUGGAUGUGAUCGGCCAACGAAUGGAUUUCAGUGACUAUGAUCUCUUAAAGUUGAAUCGACUAUAUAACUGCACCACUUCCCUGAGCUUUAUGGACUCAUGUAGUUUUGAACUGGAAAAUGUGUGUGGUAUGAUUCAAAGUUCAGAUGAUAAUGCUGACUGGCAAUGGGUGUCCCAGGUUCCCAGAGGGCCCGAGAGCGAUCACUCCAACAUGGGCCAGUGCAAAGGUUCUGGUUUCUUCAUGCAUUUCAACAGUAGCUCUGUAAGCGUGGGGGCCACGGCCCUGCUGGAAAGUCAAACAUUAUACCCUAAAAGAGGAUUUCAGUGCUUGCAAUUUUAUUUAUAUAACAGUGGAAGUGAAAACGACCAACUGAACAUCUACACCAGGGAGUAUCCUGCAGACAAUGUGGUUGGUACUUUAACGCUUGUGGAGGAAAUAAAAGAGAUACCCAUUGGAAGCUGGCAACUUUACCAUGUAACAUUGAAAAUGACCAAGAAAUUCAGAGUGGUGUUUGGAGGGGUCAGAGGCGCUGGUGCAUCAUUGGGUGGCCUGUCUAUUGAUGACAUCAAUCUUUCAGAAACACAGUGCCCUCAUCAUAUCUGGCAUAUAACGAAUUUCACACAGUUUAUUGGCAGCUCAAGUGGAACUCUCUAUAGCCCUCCAUUUUAUUCUCCUAAAGGUUAUGCCUUUCAGAUUCACUUGAAUCUAAGCCAUUCGACUAAUGCAGGAAUAUAUUUCCACUUGAUCUCUGGAGCCAAUGAUGAUCAAUUACAAUGGCCAUGUCCUUGGCAACAAGCCACGAUGACACUCUUGGAUCAAAAUCCUGACAUUCGACAGCGUAUGUCCAACCAGCGGAGUGUAACUACAGACCCAUUUAUGACCACCGAUAAUGGAAACUAUUUUUGGGACAGGCCUUCCAAAGUGGGAGAAGUGGCUUUUUUCCCUAAUGGAACUCAGUUUAGAAGAGGUCAAGGCUCUGGAACCAGUGCCUUUAUAACCCACAAGAGGCUGAAAAGCAGAGAUUUUAUAAAAGGAGAUGAUGUUUAUAUCCUACUGACAGUGGAAGACAUAUCCCACCUUAAUUCUACACCAGUUCAGCCAACCCCAACCUCUACUGUGAAGGACCUUUGCACAAACUUUAAAUGUGAGAACGAUGGCAUUUGCAUUGUCCAAAAUGGGAAAGCCGAGUGCAGGUGUCAGUCAGGGGAAGACUGGUGGUACAUGGGGGAGAGGUGUGAGAGGAGAGGCUCUACCCGGGACACCAUUGUCAUCGCUGCAUCUUCCACCGCUGCCAUGUUUGCCCUGAUGCUGAUAGUCACCCUCAUCAGUGUCUGUUGUAUCAGGAAGAAAUAUCGUAGAAGGAUAAGUUCAAAUACGGCAGCUAUGACUCUGGAAAAUCAGCAUGCAUUUUGAAGAUUAACUCAACAAUAUGGCCAGCAAAUGGAAUGAAAAAGGAUUCUUCAUCAUGGAUUUCACCUAGAAUCCAUUCCAACUGCCUUGUUCUUCUAUAAAUGGAUCUUCUCUGUAAAUAGCUGGAUAUACUAUAAAUCAUUAUUUUUGGUGAACAUCUAAUUGGUGAAAUG